ACAGCAUUAGCGCUGACAAAUGUUGAAGCCAACGAUAAGGCAAACUUCGCCAAGAUUCUGGAGGCCAUCAAGACCAACUACAAUGACCGUCAUGACGAAAUCCGCAAGCACUGGGGUGGUGGUAUUCUGGGAUCCAAGAGUUUGGCUCGUAUUGCUAAAUUGGAGCGCGCCAAGGCACGUGAAUUGGCACAAAAACAGGGCUAAACAAGUGAGGGUGCAUCAGUUUAUUGUAAUGGGAUUUUGUCGAACAGCAGGUUGUUUAUGACAAACAGAAAAUAAAUAAAAUAGUUUGUACUGAACUUCCAUGAA